GGGGCCGUGCAGCAGGCGGGGCGCGGGUAGGGGGCACCGGAGACAGCGGCUGAGCCGCGGCAGGAGAGCAUUAAGAAGCGUCAGGGAGCGCAGGCCCAGCAGCCAUGGCGGUGGAAGGAGGAAUGAAGUGUGUCAAGUUUUUGCUCUACGUUCUUCUGCUGGCCUUCUGCGCCUGUGCAGUGGGAUUGAUUGCCAUUGGUGUAGCAGUUCAGGUUGUCUUGAAGCAGGCCAUUACCCAUGAGACUACCGCUGGCUCGCUGUUGCCUGUGGUCAUCAUUGCAGUGGGUGCCUUCCUCUUCCUGGUGGCCUUUGUGGGCUGCUGUGGGGCCUGCAAGGAGAACUACUGUCUCAUGAUUACAUUUGCCGUCUUCCUGUCUCUUAUCAUGCUUGUGGAGGUGGCCGUGGCCAUUGCUGGCUAUGUGUUUAGAGACCAGGUGAAGUCAGAGUUUAAUAAGAGCUUCCAGCAGCAGAUGCAGAAUUACCUUAAAGACAACAACACAGCCACCAUUUUGGACAAACUGCAGAAAGAAAAUAAGUGCUGUGGAGCCUCUAACUACACAGACUGGGAGAGAAUCCCUGGUAUGGCCAAGGACAGCGUCCCUGAUUCUUGCUGUGUCAACAUCACUGCGGGCUGCGGAAAUAACUUCAAGGAAUCCACCAUCCACACCCAGGGCUGCGUGGAGACUAUAGCAAUCUGGCUGAGGAAGAAUAUACUGCUGGUGGCCGCAGCAGCCCUGGGCAUUGCUUUUGUGGAGGUCUUGGGGAUUAUCUUCUCCUGCUGUCUGGUGAAGAGCAUCCGAAGUGGCUAUGAAGUCAUGUAGCGGGUGUGUGUGCGCGUCCGGUCUCUUCUGCCUUUUCAUGGAGUGGAUUCUCCAGGUUUUUCAAUUAAACGGAUUAUUUUUUCAGACCCGAAAAAGGA